AUGAUGCCGCAGCCGAGCCACCCCCUGGUGCACCCGGACCCGGCGCCGGCGCAGCCGCCGCCCGCUCCCGCUCCGGCACCGCCCGCUCCAGCUCCAGCCGCUGCCCCGGCACCGGCUGCGUUGCAGGUGCAGGGGCCGGCUCCGGCUCCGGCUCCGGCGGCGGCAGCGGCGCCCGCGAACGCGCCGCCCGGGGUGCUGAUGCGGAACUUGCCGGGCGCGCCGGGGACGCGGGCCGGGCUCGGGCUCCGCCUCGCGCAGGCCGCCCUCGCGGCCGCCGCGCUCGGCGCCAUGGCCUCCACCGGCGACAGCUACUCCUCCGUCACCGCUUUCCGCUACUUCGUGGCAGCAGUAGCUUUGCAAUGCAUGUGGAGCCUCGCCAUGGCCGUUGUGGAUGUCUAUGCAAUUCUUGUCGGACGUUCCUUCCGGACUCCCCGAGUUGUCAGCAUACUUAGCAUUGGGGACUGGAUCACAGGAGCCCUGACCUUCAGUGCUGCAUCUGCAGCGGCAGGCAUCACCGUUCUCAUCAACGAUGACCUGGAAUUUUGCUAUGAUAAUCCCUGCCCAAGCUUCAUGUCUGCUACAGCCAUGGCUUUCCUGAGCUCAUUUGUGCUUGCACCGUGCUGUGUCCUGAACCUGGGCCAGGUGAUCUACAGAUUACAGAGACCGUAGUCUGCCGAACAAGAAUCAGGGUCUGUUUGUGCACCGAUGCCCUUUCAUAACCAACCAGGAUACGGCGUGGCACAGUUAAUGACACUAGGACUUCUGUUAAAGGGUGCCUGUGAAGCUCCGCCUUUUGUUAAAGUUUGCAGCAUAUGCCUUCUGGUAUAUGUGAAGGUGGACUGGUUGUUUAUGAUCCGUGGAUGAACGGAUGAGCUACUUGUGUAGAGCUCAAGGUUGCUGAUAUAGUAAUCUGGUUAAUUAUUGACACCCGAAUCUUACCUCUCGAGAUUUCUUGUGUAGUGUGGUUGUCGCUGUGAGUGAUGGAUUAUACGUUCAUUCAGCAUUUCCCCUGUUUCGGAUUUAUUCGGUUUGUGAAGUGCAAUAGUUAACAUUGCAUUUCUGAAGUUAUUUGUACUACUUGUUGGCCUUGAAUGUUAUAACUGAA